CCGCUCGGUCGGUGAUCAGUUUUCUGCGAUGCCGUGCGGUGAUCGGACGUGUUCUGUGAGCGUACGUGUUUCGCUUUUUCGCUAAGCGCGUUGUGCCGUGUGUAUGUGUGCGGUGGAUUAUGCAGUGUGAACUUCUACCCAGAUGGUGUGUGUUGGUGUGAAAGGUUUAUAAAGGUCAUUUUUGGGAUAAAGAGUGAAAAUAGUGUAGACAUUUUUAGCCUGAAAAAAUAGCAUAAAAUUUCUCAAAAACAUAUAAAAAGUGAUGUGAAAAAAAUAACGAAUGUUAAAUAUUCUGCUUACUCAACACAAAAGUGAAUCGUCCGCACUGGAACAACAAAAAAAGUAUAACAAAAACCCCUGCCCGUAGUGUGAAUUAUAGGUGAAAACUAAACGGUCGGAGUGAGUGAGUGUGAGUGCGCGUGCCAGUGUUUGUUGUGCUUUUCUCUCGCGCUUUUUCGUUCUUCCGCGCCCUCCCUAUCUCUCUCUCUCUCUCUCAUUGUGUCGAAUGCGGUCAGCGGAAUGCUCUGCUCCGUUUCCAUGUUGAUUACAUGAAACAUAAUGGAUAUCCUGGGACACUUACAAUGGACCUCAAUAGGCUAUUGAAGGUCUUCCCGGGCAUAGCGUUAACAUGGGUUUGCUUCCUGGUAGCAACGUGCUGUGUUAAGCUGACCGAUGCGCGAAUAGGCUACUUCUGGCACAUAACGGAUUUACAUCUCGAUACGUACUACACUACCAAGGGUGAUAUCUUUCGCAGUUGCUGGCUUAACGAACAUCACUCGAACACGGCGAGCGCCAAACGGCCGGGACUGUACGGAGAUUACAUGUGCGACAGCCCAUGGAGUCUGCUGGAAUCCGCCACGCAAGCCAUGAAGUCCAAGCAAGGUGAUAACGUCGAGUUUGUCCUGUGGACUGGCGACGGUCUUUCCCAUUCUGCCAAGCGAAUGCACGAAACCAAGCGAUUGGACGUGCUGCGUAACAUUACGGAGCUGAUGAGCCGAACGUUUCCGUCACAGUUUGUGUUUCCGGUGCUCGGCCAUGAGGAUGGUAGUGCCAACUUCGAGCAGCUUGGCGAGCUCUGGCGCCACUGGUUACCGCUGGAAGCGCUACAAACGUUCGAAAAAGGUGGAUACUACACCAUCGAACAGACGAAAAGCCGGCUAAGAAUAAUAGCUUUAAACACGAACUACAUGCGACACGACGCCAAGUACUCGCAGUCGCACUCGUCGGCGGUGAAGCAGCGGCCAGACGGCUCAUACCAUUACCCAGCGGGCGGCCACUACGGUGACCACCACAUGGGCAAACACUAUCACGCCCGGGAAGGUAGCUCUUCCGGGUAUCUGUACAGUGACCGGCGGAACGGAUACAGUAGCAGUAGCAACGUAGCGGACAGUGGUAUCGGUGGCCACGCCAGUGCAUUAUCGGGAUCAAGCAGCCACGAGUCGGAGAAGCAGUGGGAGUGGCUGGAGGAGGUUCUAGCAAAGUCGAGUAGAAAUAAGGAAACUGUAUAUAUCGUAGGACACAUACCACCAGGCUCGGACGAGCGCCACAUUGGCCACACGAUCCCGUUCGGGCAUUCCAGCUUCACCGAGAAGAACAACGUGCGCUACCUGCGGCUGGUGAAGCGAUACUCAUCGAUCAUUCAGGGACAGUUCUUCGGACACCUACACUCGGACUCGUUUCGAGUGGUUUACAAUGAAGUUGGCAAACCCGUCUCCUGGAUGAUGAUUGCUCCAUCGAUAAGCCCACGGAGAAGCGGCGAGUCCAACAAUCCCGCCAUGCGGCUGUACAAAUUCGACACCGAUACAGGGCAGGUCUUAGACUACACGCAGUACUAUCUAGAUCUAGAGCAGGCGAACAAGCUGGAGGAAGCCGUGUGGCAGCCUGAGUACAACCUUACCACCUACUACUACGGUCUGAGCGAGGUGUCAUCGUUGGCCCUCCACAACUUGGCCGAUCGCUUCAACAACGCGGACGACGCACAGUUCAUGAAGUACUACCGGGCGAACUCGGUCCGCCACGCCACCAGCACCUGCGAAGGUGUCUGCCUGCUCAACCACUACUGUGCCAUUACCAGGCUGGACUAUCGCGAGUUUCGCAGCUGCCUGGAAACGGCGGCCAAAGCGAUGGCAUCGAAAAAUGGCAGCCCCGGCGGACUGUACGUUUCGACGCUCGCCUUCAACCGGCUGCUCAUGGCCAUCCUACCGGUCCUGCUGAUGUUUCUGGUCGUGUGGAGCAGUACCGUGUCGGUGGACACGGCGCGGAACGUUACUCCGGGUGGCCUACACAUCGGCACACUACACUCAUCCGCUUACAUCGCUUCAUGCUGGCACAUUGCUGCGGGCUGGAUGAUGGCGAUUGGUCACGGCAUCCGGCUGACAUUAGCCACCGAAUGGGCUACCAUCGGCAAAGCUACGGCGGUACUGUUAGUAAGUGCAUUUUCCUGUUUUUUUGUGUGCUUGUCCGAACGUCCGGGUGGAUGUGCGAUGGGAGUCACGCGUAGGAUGAAACGUAAACUGAGAGCUUCUUCUGAGACGUUGGUGAACGGUUGCGCUAGUAAAGGUUCGCAUUAAGCUUUGGGUUUUUGCAGUGAGUUGGAGUUUUCUGUUUUCUGUUUCAAUGUCUCUGCUAACACGAUGCGUUUAGUUAGCGAACAGGAAAAACUUUACAAUAGUGAAACACAAAUCUAAAUUUAUUUGAAACAAAUUUGAAACAGUUGAAAAUGGAUGAAAUGGGAUAAGUGUUACAUAAAUAGUGGAAGAAGAAAGUCUAGUAAAACAAAAAAAACAAGAAAACAAAUGAAUGUGAUACAUAAUAAAACAAACAACAAAAAUAAAGAAACGCUACACGCAGACAUAGAAAAAAUGGUCGCAAAUCGCAAAGAAAGCCAAAACCACCAUUGUUGGCAUGGAAAUGUGUUGAAGGUACGAGAAUUACAACAAGCUUAGCUAAAUCGUAUUUUUUUAUUGCGAUCUCAAGCCGUCGCUCAAAACUCACACCUCUCGGCGAGAUAUAUUUGCAUACGCAGCUAAAACCUCCUGGGCUGAAAAACCGUGUACAGCACGAAAUUUUUGUUUUCGACUCCCUGUUGGCCUCCUGAAAAGGGAGCGUUCGAAUCAGCAUUUCGACCUUGGAAAAGCGUCUCCCCGUUGUGUACAUAAACCUGAAGAGACUAAUGCCUUCGUGGGCAAUGUUUUCCUUUCUUUAUUUUACGAACCGAUUAUGCACCGAUAAUAAAUGUUACGCUCUACUCUCUACACAUACAAAUAGGCAAAGAAUACAGGUUGACGUAGCUGAGGGAGAGCUGUGUUUGGCUGCGUGUGGUGUGUUUGAGAAGGGAUGAGUUUGCGUUACGGAUUCGUUUCGAUGUGUCAUUGUUUUCCCCUACCACGGAAGCCCACUUAUGCUUCUCUUCGUAAAAUUGUAAAAGAAAAUUGUAAAUUACGCGAUGGCGAUGGCUAGUCAGCGGAAUGAUACGUGGAAGUAAAAUACGGCCAAUACUAGCAAAAAUAUGUCUCAGACUUACAACUCACAUGCAAAGGAGAGCAACAAAAAAAAAAAAAAAUCAGCCACUGAAGAACAAUACGGCAGACGUUAUACGCUCGUCAAGCGACGCAUCAUACAUAGGUAAAAGCCAAAUUUUUCUAGUGCUUUGUGAAAAACGCGGAGCGAAACGAGGAUGGCAAAGAAAGCUAGCAAAAAAAAACACAUCGCGAUUUACAUCGCAUUCGUUUCCCCCAUUUUCAUCCAACUUAAAUGUAAAAAAACAAGCAAACGAAAACCAACAAACCAUUUGCAAAACUAAAGCAUACCGAACACACAAACUGCUCCACUUAACCAAAUUCCCGUCUGCUCACCACGUUCUGCUGUGUUUGCCGUGGGCCCCUACGGUUAACGGAAGAGUCGGCCAAUCGGAACCAGCAGAAAAAAAGUCUAAUAAAUAUUUUAAAAAACAACAUCCCAUUAGUAAACUAGUUAAAACCCCAGCGAAAUAAUCAUAUUGAGAAGGAAGAAGUAAGGCAAAAAAAACUAACACACGAAGAGAAGACAAAAGAAAACAGAUUGUGAGCUGGGAAUGUUACAAUAUAUGAAACAAUGGAGUGUAAAAUGUGGAAAAUACUCGACAAAGCAGAAAACCGCUUACGGUGCAAGCAUAUGCAGGACGAAAAAAAGCAUCCGCUGCAAUGAAAUUGAUCCAUAUUGAACAACAACGGAUGCGCUGCAAAAAGCUGAAAACAAGAUAAACAAAAACGGGAAAACUGACAAACAAAACACAAAAAAAACUGAAUAAAGUGUACAUGUUUUUAAAUAAAAGUGACAAAUAAACACAAUGUUUUGUCAAAC